AAAUAUUAUUAGUGCAACCAAACCAGCCGAACAUACUAUAUCGCAGUGAACUAAAAUUUAUCGAUGGAAUUGUUUACAAACUAUUUUAGUUUGCGUGAGAAUCGUAACAUGUUCUAUUUGUUGGUAACGUCUUGCGUUCUAUUCCAAGUAAAUUCGGCAGUACUUGAAGGCGAUCGCGGCACAAGUAACAUUCAAAGAAAGGGUGAUCUAGUGUUUGUCCAUGUGCUGCAUCGACAUGGCGAUCGAAGUCCCUUCGAGCAAUACCCUGGUGACAAAUACGACAUUUCAUACUGGCCACAAGGAUGGGGUCAACUAACAAACCUGGGAAAGCAGCAGCAGCUUGAAUUAGGACAAUGGCUUCGUCGCAGAUACAAACAUUUUUUAAGCAGCACGUACCACGUAAGCGAUGUAUUCGUGCAAUCUUCCGAUACCGAUCGAACGUUGAUGAGUGCAGAAGUUAAUUUGGCGGGGCUGUUUCCGCCGGUAAAGAAUCAAAUUUGGAACUCGCUGUUGUUAUGGCAACCGAUUCCGAUACACACAACGCCUGUAACAUCUGAUAAUUUGCUUGCUGGUACGAUGCCUGAGUGUCCAUCGUACCACACUGCUUUUGACAAAUAUGUCGAAUCGGUUGAAAUGAAAUUGUUCCGAGAAACGAAUCAGCCGUUGUACGAAUUUCUAUCCAUACAUACCGGAGCGACGGUGAGUCAUUUCGAUGAUAUAUGGAGUGUAACGGACAUUUAUGACUCAUGGUUGUGUCAAAGGACUCACAAUCUAUCCCUCCCUCAAUGGUCGCAGACAUUGUAUCCGAACAAUGAAAAAUUUUACAAAGCUGCACUGAACGCUUUUUUACUGCCGACAGCAACGAAACAUUUAUCCAAAUUUUCCGCUGGAUUUUUGUUAAAGGAUUUACUGGACCGUUUUUCCAGUAAAGUUCAACAUUCGCUUCAACCGAACCGAAAGUUGUUCAUCUACAGUACUCACGAUUUCAAUAUCUUCAAUUUGUUAAUUUCUCUCAACAUCUUUGACGACAAAUUCAUUCCCUAUGCUGCUGCUGUAAUCUUCGAACUGAGACAGUACAAGAACGACCAUUACGUGCAGAUAUUUUACAAAAAUUCGAACGAAUCUCCAGAUCCGAUUCAUAUUCCCGGUUGUGGAACUAUGUGUCCGUUGUCGACUAUGUAUGAAUUUUACGAUGAUAUUUUGCCGAAAAAUAACUUCACCACCGAAUGUAAAAUGGACGAAUAA